CAUUUCCACCACUUGGCAAGAGUAUCAUUCCAUGGGAAUAGGAAUUACUUUUAGUUAAAUUUGACAUGGCAAUUAGAGUUGCCUGUAUGCACCUCCUAUAAAACCCGCAGGGCCUGAAGACAGAAGAUCCCUGGAACUUCUCCUUCCUAGGAAAUGGAAAAUGCAGAGGACCGAAAAUCUGGUAAGGUUGAUUUCCAUUCACCUGGAAGGGAUUGCAGUGAUAAAAAGCAUUUUAGAUUAUUUGGCUUCAAGGUGGAUCCUUGCGCAAAUGAGGUGUGCCCGAGGUCUGAAAUAGACGACGAGAGUGUCAAUUCCUCAGACACAGUUUCAUCUAAUAAGGUUGAGAAAGCUUUCGCCUACUCGAGCUCCCCAGGAGAGAGUGUCUCUCCCAAGGCAAAGGAGAAACACUUGUCUGUUUCUGUGGUGGAGCUUAAAUAUGAAUGCCAUUUCUGUUUGAAGAAGUUUUCGACCUCACAGGCAUUAGGUGGUCACCAGAAUGCCCACAGAAAGGAGAGGCUGAAGAAGAAAAGAAUGGAGGUUGAAGUUAGGAGGGAAAACAGCUUCAAUCUCUACCUUUCAUCUGCCAUGAGGAACACUGGUGUUAUCAUAUACCCUCAUUCGAUUAUCGGUUUUGAUGACCUUUUCUGUAUUCCUACUGUUGUUUUUCCAAAUCCUCAUGAAUCUCAGCAAUAUAUGCCCACGCCAUAGCUCCACCAAUCUGCCAUAUAUGGGAGCUAGUGCUUCUCAUAGUGAGCUAGAGAUGGGUAUCUUCAAAGGAAGAAGAGAACCUGUUGUUAUCAUGCCCUCUGCUUCUCAAGUAUCAUUAUCCAAUGCUCAUCUGCAAAAGAUCAGAAACACCAUGGGUCCUCCAGAAAAUAAGGUUGAAAGUCUUGGAAAGUGAAAGUAAAAUAUAGUUGCCUUUUAUUCUUACACCUGUUAUUGCACUAAAAUAAAAAUUGCUAGUACUAGAGGGGUGGGGAGGGGAGUUAGAAGUCCAAAUGAAAGUCAUAAAAAUGUUUGGGUUGACCACUUCUAAUGGUUUUGAAAUGGUAUUCAUGGACAUAUUUUGUCCAACGAGACUAGUUCAGUUGAUUCGACUGAUCACUCUAAAGUUUUGUUCUAGCAACAAUGUAGAGUCAUUGGGAGAUCUUGACUUAGGGACUGAAAGGGCGACUCGCAAUUUACUUCAUUGAUUUUAAGUUGGGAAACUUAAUGUAUCAAAAUAUAAAUAAAAAUGAUGUACAUAGUUUUAUAUUACAA